CCAAAACUGAAGUCCAUUAGUGUGCAUUGGACAAUCUGUCCCCAAAAUCGUAAUCGAUUAAAGCUCCCCCUUUGAUGUAGCAGGCGACCAGCGACCCUUCGAUAUCAACUUGUAAUUAUUUGCGCCACUCAGGGAUCAAUCACCACUUCAACCAUCAUCGUCGCAUCUCUUAAACAUAAUAAGACGCAUUUACUGCCCGACUGCUUCUCCGCGCCAACAUCGCCAGCCAUCCGCCGCAUCUCCAUUCCCAUCCCUCCAAACACACAAACACACAGUCAACAGACACAAUGGCGCAAACACCCCAGCAAAGGCGAGCGAACCUCAAGUUCCAGAAGGACCAGGAGGCCCGUCGUGGAAAAUCCGAGGACCAAAUCAAGAAGCGCGUAGAAAAGGCGCCCAAGUCCCCUAUCUCAAUGUUUUGGCUCGUUGUCCUCGGCUUUGUCGUAUUCGGCGGUCUCGUUUUCGAAGUUCUUUCGCGUCUGUUCCUCAACUAAGCACGGGAAUACUAACUACCGUGGUCAUCGCAAAAUGAUCACCAGCCCUUCCAACCCACCGAUUUCAGACAGGCUGUCCAUAACUACGGUUGCUUAGCAGUACGGAGGAAUAAAACGAGCUGUCGAGGGCUGAAGAAUUACACUGAGGCCGAUCAGGAUUGGCCAAUAAACCCGAAGAGCAUGGGGGGAGCUGUCACGAUGACAUCCGCAUAAGCAACAUGGGAGUAGGAGGGUGCAAGAGGAGGAAGAGACAGAAGGGAAAUCUUUUGAGCGCUUGGUUUGAGCGAAAGCGCAUGUAACAGACACACACACAUAUAUAUAUACCACGGGUAAUACGGGCAAUGAAAAAGGAGCCAGGGAACUGAUUUGGAGGUCAUGGAAACAGAACAAAGGGCAUUCUUUCCCCCAUUUUCUGCUAGCAGCAAUUAGCUUGAACUCUUCAAAGCCAAACAUUGUUGCAAACCAACAACAACUGCAAAAGGGAUCGGUCUUGAUUGCGAGUCCCGUGGUGAUUACUUCCAUCAUUGUUAUAGUUUUUUCGAGUUAUGCUCACGAAUGUCAGCAGCUGCUGCUGCGAACAGCAUCCCCCCACACCCCAACAGGGCAUCAUCAUCGUCGACUGCCCGCCUUAUGCACCCAAGCCGCGUCGCUGACCACCCGUCUCGAACUUCUGGUGAAUGCCAGCCUUGAACUGCUGCUCAAGCUCCUGAGACACUUGAUUGACAUCGAACGUCUUCUUCGCUGCCGCAGCGGCGGCGGCACCGUCGGCAGCAAGCUUCUUGCCGCCGAGCAACCUCAUCAUCUUGGACUGGCGAGAUGCGCCACCGUCGAGCGCGUUGACGUUCCAGUUGGCUGCGAGUACUGCGGCGGGGUUGGGGAUUGUGGUGGUGGUAGCGGCCAAAGUAGCUGUCGAUCCUUUGGCCUCUGUAGUCUUGGUCUCGUCUCCC